AUGGUGAAGCGUUGUGCCGUCCAGUUUUGUACUGAUUCAAACAAAACUGGGCAUACAAUGCAAAUAUUUCCAAAUGACGCAAAUUUGAAGCGACAAUUUGUGAAAUUUGUUCAAGUGAAAAUAGCCGAUUUCGUCGAGCCGUUCGAACGUUCUGUUGUUUGUAGCAGUCAUUUUUCUUCCUGGUGCUGUACCGACGAUUCAGGCCUCACCAGAAGCAAAUUAUUCGGAAGACGAAAAACAACCCAUACAGUCGGCAGACGACGAGGAUUCGGAAGUGGCUGACCAAACUGAGAAAGAAGUUGAGCUCUUCAAAAGUUAG